AUAUUGCAUAAAUAUGGUUGAGAAAACAUUGUGAAUACCAUAGUUUGGAGGUUGAAUUUAUCAUAACCAAAUAAUUGAUUGUAUUGAAGAAAAAAAAACAGACUCAAAUCAAUCGUCACUAAAUUACGUUCUAUCAAUUGUUAUAAUCUUUCAAUAGGAGGUAUGAUGCAUAAAUUUGGAAUUGGAAAAGUGGACAACUUGUGGACACAGAGAGUAAGGUACAACUUCGAAAGGUUCAAAGAAGCAUCAAUUAAUCAACGACAGUAUUCAGAUAAUGAAGAUAUUUUUACUUUGAAUGUACUUGCAAUUACAGUUCUUCAGUUUGCAAUCACUUUUGGAGGAACGUGUUUGUUUAUUUUAGUUCAACAGAUCAGUGAGUGGAUUAAACAUCACGAAACAAUCUUAUGGGUCUCAAGCGCCAUCUACUUAGUUCUUCAAUUAAUUUGGAUGUUUGUUCCAGCAUUAUCAAGGAAAUAUCCAUACAAUAUAAUGUAUUUAAUACUGAUGACAUUAUUUUCAACCGUUGCAAUCGCAUCGGAUGCAACAUCGUAUUCCGAAGUUACUGUUUAUACUAUGUUCGGUGUGUCGGUGACAUUAUUUAAUUUCAUUAUUUACGUCGUAACUAUUCUAAGGUGUGAUUUCACCAAAUAUCACACCGUAAAUCUGUUUGUUACAUUAUUUACGGAUUUGGUACUAUUAAUUGGACAGAUUCUUUACUUCAUAUUGAAGAACAAUAAUACUGUACUAACUGUUGCUGGUGCAAUCGCUUUACCAUUCACACUUUUUAAAUUAUUAUGUGAAGUGAAGAUGGUGUUUGGAGGCGGUGAAUUUCGGUACAGUCAAAUGGAUUUAGUAUUAACAGGUGGAAUUUUUUACAAUUGUUGGUGGAAAUUGUUUUUGACACUAAUGUGGAUAUCUUCGUCUUUAGAUUACAACAUAUUGAACUCAACAAAUACUACUUUAUCUAACGUUAAAACUUCAAUUUAUUUAAUAAAUCUAACCAAAUUAGAUGAACAUGCAUUCCCAAUGGAAACAUUGGAGGAAUAUUUGUUGACAACAAUUCCUUAAAAUGUUGUUCCUUUUUCUCUGAAUAAACAGUCAUAUUUCAGUGUUCAAUGUGUCAUGAAAGAUAGUUAUGCUUUGAAGCAUUUUACUCUUUGCAUAGUUUUCUCAUUUCUAAAAUUUAAAUAUUAGUACUAUAUACAAAUGCUCAUUUAUAAUGAGAUUGUGAAAUGUUAAUGAGAUUUGGGAAACUGGAGUCCUCGGUCAUUUGUUUUACCUAUAAAUUAUGGUUUGUAUUAUACCAGAGUAGUUAUCUUGACCAAUCAAUUUGUUUGUUUCUUUUAACUUGGACUGUGUGUAUAACUGAAUUUCAAGUGACUAGAGUAAAUAAAUUUUUAUUCAGGG